CGCGCGCGCGCAAAGGACGAGUUCUUUCCUCAGUGCUUCGUUCGAGAACUGACACGACACACCGCGAACGUCGUUGCAGCGAGCAACACAGAGACGACAUACAGAGGAGAAGAUAGGUGAAGAAAGGAGGUUGGAGCAGUACGAUAUAUAACCCCGAAGACUGCUCGAAUUGUUACGUGUUAUAAUUCCCUUUCUUCCGAAUCUCCGCGUCUUUCUUUUUUUACUUUUAUACGUAUAACGUGUACCACGUUGGCGAAUACCAGCCCGAGACACACAUAACCUCAUUUCCCGACGUAACACCGGAUCAGUAGUGAGAAUCGAUUUGCGCGAGUGACAGCUUGUUCUUUUUUGGAGCGUACAAAUUGAUCGUUUGAAAAGAGUGUGACAGAAGGGAAUAUUCGGUGGCGUACCUUGCAGGAAGACGGAGCACUGUGAGAGAGAGAGAGGAGAAGAAGUGUGGUUACGGGUCGACAAGGAUAUUCCGAGGGUGUUACGGAGACUAGUGAUCUUCCACUGACGUCACUAUCGUGCUUCGUUCGACGAGGGACGAGAAUAGUGUUCCUCACUGGCCACGACAAACACACACUCAACAACCGAUUCAAUUUAACAAGCAGCCAGCACCAGGCACCAAAAAUCUCCACGCCACAGUCGACGCCCGGUGUCGUCGUCUAGUGGCGAAUCGUCGAGAGGCGGCGAAGCGUUGUCGGCAAGACGGCCGAUCGUGCGAACCUGCUGAGUACUAUUCCGCGGCUGCGAGGACCAGCAACAGCCCGAAGAUUCUCCCAGCAAAGGGCAAGAUGCACAUCGAGGUGCAGGUGGCGCUCAACUUCGUGAUAUCGUACCUUUACAACAAACUGCCACGCAGGCGGGUGAACAUCUUCGGCGAGGAGCUCGAGAAAGCGCUGAAGGACAAGUUCAAGGGUCACUGGUACCCUGAGAAGCCAUUCAAGGGAUCGGCGUUUAGAUGCCUGAAGACCGGCGAUCCCGUCGACUCUGUGCUCGAACGCGCCGCCAAAGAGAGCGGUGUGCCUAUCCAGGACAUCCUGGAGAAUCUGCCAGCCGAGUUGGCUGUCUGGGUCGAUCCUGGAGAGGUGAGCUACCGUAUCGGCGAGAUGAACGCCGUCAAGAUCCUCUACUCUGAGACUGGAGACCCUCACGAGGACAGCUCGGCCGAUCGAGAGGUGACCAAGACCUUCAAUCCCGAGGCUCAAUGCUUCAGGCCCAUCGAGGCCGUAGGCACGUCCCUAGGCGGGCUGAGCCUCAGUCCCAAGUCCACGUCGCCGUUCCCAAGCUCGCUGGGCAGCAACGCGAGCAACGGGUCGUCGAACAACCAGCAGAGCGGACAUGGAUCUGGUUCCUCGUCUGCACCGUCGCCGACGCCCAUCACCAGCUCGUUCAAGGGCUCGCCUAGUCCUGUACCGGCUUUCAUACCGCGCACUACCGCGCCGCUCACCUUCACCACCGCCACCUUCGCGCAGACCAAGUUCGGCAGCACCAAGCUGAAGACCAGCAGCAAACGGGCGAACAGGAUGUCCCCCACCGAGUUCUCGAACUACAUCAAGCAGCGCGCCAUGCAGCAACAGAUCCACCAUCAUCACCACCAUCAGCACCAGCAGCAACAGCAGCAACAACAACAGCAGCAGCAGCAACAGCAACAACAACAGGCAGCAGCUGGUGGUCUACCUGUGUCACAAAGCUCACCGCGUAGACGCAGCCUCUCCCCGGGAAGCAUAGUAGCUGGUGCUGGUCAGCAACACACGGAUCCAAGCGCGUACUUCUUCCAACAUGGUCCAGCCGCGUAUCAUCCUCAAUUCCCUCAUCGUAACAUCUUCGACUCGUCCAGCCACGGCGGUUACCUGUCGGCCGAUCUCUACACAGGCGCAAAUUUCCCGUCGUCCUACCUCGAUCCAACGACGAUCGCCGGCCACCAGUUCUACGGUGGCAGCGUGAACGGCACCAGCAACGGAAACUCACAGAGCGCCGCGAACCUCGGCCCAGUUGGCUCCGCCGCGACGAACAGCAACGUGAACGGAACAGGCCAGCAACAGGACAAGACAGCGCUCGUCGAAGGCCUGAACAACUUCGGCCUCGGCUCCGUGGCGCCGUAUCCGGCCAGCCAGUAUCAACACCUCCUCGUAGCCAACUAAAAAACCGUGCGAACGGACACCGAGAGAACAGUGGCCAAUCCUCGGCCAAUUCUCGGUACAUCGUCGCCGGACAGGAAGGAAGGGAGGAGGAGGAGGAUCAUCAGAGAGACCGGGCCGCCGUUUCAAGACGAUGUAGUACCAGUCUCUCCAGCGUCGAGACGUCGUCCAGAGUCUAGGUUCCGUACCCUGACACACCCGAUCCGCCUGCACGCAGCGGACGUGGAUUCCUGCUCACCCACUAGUUCCCACUCUGUCUCUCUCCAGCAACGAGUAUCCAACCGGAAGUCGCCACGGUAGCUCUGAUACAAAACAAACGAAAAGAAAAAAAAAUAAUACAAACAGAACACGUAGUUAACCCCAGGAUAUCGGUCACAUUGAGGGGUCGCCUGGGUGGUAAAUGCCAACGGCGACGCCUGUGUAAUCCUUUUCGUCGAGGGAGCAAUCCAGGUUCAUCGACUCCUGUUUUUUCUCACAUUCGACAUCCCUCGGAGAGAGGAAUCUGUACCUCUUUGCCAGGGAGUAUUACCUCUCUCGUACGGGCAGCUGGUCCAUCACACACACACAGACAGACGCGCGCGCAAUCUUGUAUACGUGUGAACACGCGGGGGAUAGAGGCAGAGCGGCAGAGAGGAGAGACGCCUUCAGGCCUGAGAGGACGCCAUCGGAACGAACAGCGGGACAGCGGAUCAAGAGUAUACGCGACCGUUCGCGAGAUAGAGUUAGAUACGAGAGAGCGAGAGUGAGAGUGAGAUUAUAUAGAGCGUGUAGAGAGUAGAGAGAGAAAGAGAGAGAGAGGAGACGAUGGAUUCGAGUUCGAUGGUGUGCGGCUGUGUGUGUGCUGAAGCGUGGGUGAAAGACGUUCGAGCGAGGACAUAGAGAGAAAGAGAGAGUGAGAGAGAGGUACGAGUGUGAAUGAAAUGGAGGUAUGAAGAGGAGGAGGAGAGACUGUUCGAUGUGACGAGACUCGCGAACGCGAACUUUGAUCGACUAACGUUGAAAGAGAGAAAUAGAGAGAGAGAGAGUGUAUCUAACGUUCUGUCAAACCGGAUCACACACGGACACCCGAUUUGCGAUGGCGCUAGGCGUCCGUUCGACGAUUGGCUGGCUCUCGUUUGCGUCGCGUUCACCUGGAUCAGCCAUCUGGAGACACAUAAGACACUUUUCGAGAAAAUACAAAAGAAUCACUCUUACACGUGCAUAUAUAAAUAUAUAUAUAGAAACACGAUGUACUCUAUUAUACAAUACACAGAGACCAAUUCGUGCUAUUUGGAAAUUUCAGAGAGGGGAAUACGAAAGAUAUAGUAAAAUAGUCGAACGACACGCCACGGCGCCCAUACUAAAGGGAAGCAGCGGAAAAAGCCAAGAGACACAGACACACGUACGUAAAGAAAAAAUGAAGAGAAAUUUCACACACGCAACGGACACACACUCACUCCCACCCGUAUAUACCUGGCGACCCAAAAAGAGAAAAAGAAAAAAGAAACACACGAGUCUAUACAUUUCACCCACGUGGAACACACGGAAACGCCCCGCGCCUCGCUCAGCUGCUGGCCAUACCUGCCAUACUUGUCGCGAAGAGAAACAAAAAAAAAAGAAAACUAAACAGAGUACACCUGAGGAGGGCGGGGUGUGCGGACACUUAAUCGCGCACGACUUCACCAACACGUACACACAGAUAUUACCAACGUGUAAUAAUUUAUUUUUUCACUGGUAUAGUCGGAGAAUUGAUAAUGAAUAUAUCUGUAGAGCCUAUGUAUUAUAUUCAAGAUAUGCACUCACUUCGCGGGUUCUCGCGGAACGGUGUAGGGACUACCUGUAGCCGCUGUCGAAGCGUCGACGAACGGAACGCCCGGGGACGCUGAGUACAA